UUAAUUUCCAUUGUUGGCUUUGACUCGAGGAGGAUGGGCGCCUGUUCACCGACCAGUCGACGGACUCCAUCCGACUCCGACGUAGAUGCCCUUUAAAGCUCAACUACUUCCUAAUGCCCGCCUCUCAAGAGUAACAUGUUCGGCGAUUGCGGCUUGCGCUUCCCCUCCCUCCGGAGCUGGAUCGGCGGCGGCGGCUGGCGACGGGAGGCGGACCCGGACCUCGACCCUGUGCUCCUGGUCUCCGGAAUGGGGGGCUCGAUUCUGAACGCGAGGAGCAAGAAGAACGGCUCCACCAUCUGCGUCUGGGUCCGGAUCCUCCUUGCCAAUCUCGAGUUCAAAAAGUACCUCUGGUCCCUUUACAAUCCGGAGUCCGGGUAUACGGAGUCACUCAACGAGAACAACGAGAUUGUUGUUCCUGACGAUGAUUACGGGCUUCAAGCGAUCGACAUUUUGGAUCCAUCGUUGUGGGCAAAGCUAUUCCAUCUGACUGAGGUAUAUCAUUUCCAUGAUAUGAUAGAGAUGCUUAUUGGAUGCGGUUAUGAGAAAGGAACCACACUCUUUGGAUUUGGUUAUGAUUUUCGUCAGAGCAAUCGAAUUGACAAAACAAUGGAUGGACUGAAAACAAAAUUGGAAAUGGCUUAUAAAGCUUCUGGCGGUAAAAAAGUAAACAUAAUAUCACAUUCUAUGGGCGGAAUGCUCAUCCAAUGCUUCAUUUCGCUGCAUAAUGAUGCUUUUGCUAAGUAUGUCAAUAAAUGGAUCUGCAUUGCUUGCCCCUUCCAAGGUGCACCAGGAUGUAUCUAUGAUUCCCUUAUAACUGGAUUGCAAUUUGUUUAUGGUUUUGAAAGCUUCUUCUUUGUUUCUAGAUGGACAAUGCAUCAAUUGUUGGUUGAAUGCCCAUCUAUCUAUGAAUUGCUGCCAAACCCAGACUUUCAAUGGAAAAAUCAACCCAUGAUACAGGUUUGGAGGAAAUUAUCUGAAGAUAAUGGAGUUGUGAAGUUGGAAGAGUAUGAUUCAUCUACAUGCAUCUCUUUAUUUGAGGAAGCUCUAAAAAAUAAUGAGGUAGUGCGUGGCUUAUAUACGCAGCUUAAUUACAGUGGGAAGUCAAUUGCAUUACCAUUCAAUUUUUCUAUCCUUGAAUGGGCUACCAACACUCGGAAGAUCAUUUAUGAUGCCCAGUUACCUGCGAAUGUCAGCUUUUACAACAUAUAUGGGACAUCAUAUGAGACUCCUUUUGAUGUUUGCUUUGGAUCUGAAACUUCCCCUGUUGACGACUUAACCAAACUGUGUCACACAAUGCCUGAGUAUUCUUAUGUAGAUGGGGAUGGGACUGUUCCUACCGAGUCUGCUAAGGCUGAUGGAUUUACGGCGAUUGCAAGAGUUGGUAUUAAAAAUUCCCACCGAGGUUUGCUGAGCGAUAAGAAACUCUUUAACCUGGUGAAGCAAUAUUUAGGCGUGAGUGAAAAAUCGAAGCGCUCCUCAAGUUCCAAGGUGAUGGAUAUACAUUUCCCCUCUCGGUCUCAGUUGUCUACAAAGGAAAUUUUGUGACUGCUGAGGGUGUGGAAAAUAAAUGUUGAUAGUCGAGUUACGUCUACGGGGAAUUUGUCUCCGAUUUGAAGUUGGAACUUCUCGACUCUUUAGACAUUGGUAAAUCAAUAAUUGAUAGAAUUGUCAAAGAGAUCAAACAUUGUAAAGAAUAACACAGAUUUUCUGUUCUCUUUUCCACAGAAAUAAUAUAAGUCUAUCAUAAUUCUUUUGG